UAUAUAUUUAAUGUGUAAUAUUGCCAUAACUACAGAGAACAUUAGCGACACUGCGUACCUUUUUACCCGUUAUAUCAGGAAGGAACUGCAACUCCCAUGAGCCCCCGCGGUACGGAAGUGUACCUCAAUCUCAGAUUCAGACGUGUUCAGAUGAGUUUGUGUUGAGGCAGAAGAUCUCCUGCUUAUUUGCAGAUAUGCACCGAUCAGAGCAACGCGUUAUUAAGUGACACAUUUUCUACAGAGUUGUUGUCACCACCAGUGAAACCACCAUGGGUCCUGGUUCUGCUAUGGUUCUGGUGUUUGUUGGAUGCUGCAGCAAUGUGGUGUCUCUGGAGCUGCUUGUAAGACAGUUUCCAGGAUGUGGAAACAUCGUCACCUUCGCUCAGUUUGUUUUCAUCGCAUUAGAAGGAUUCAUCUUUGAAACAAACUUUGGGAGGAAGAAGCCAGCGAUCCCUCUAAGUAACUAUGUGAUCAUGGUGACCAUGUUCUUCACAGUCAGUGUGAUCAACAACUACGCUCUCAACUUCAACAUCGCCAUGCCGUUACACAUGAUCUUCAGAUCGGGAUCAUUAAUCGCAAACAUGAUCCUGGGAAUAAUCAUCCUGAAGAAAAGGUAUUCAUUUAGUAAAUAUCUGUCUAUAGCUUUAAUCUCAGCUGGUAUCUUCAUCUGCACCAUCAUGUCUGCCAAACAAGUGAAUGUGGCCAAUGAGGGAUCAGAAGAGAAAGGCUUUCAUGCCUUCGUGCACUGGCUUAUAGGUAUCGCCAUGUUGACGUUUGCUCUGCUGAUGUCUGCGAGGAUGGGCAUCUUCCAGGAGACGUUGUACAAGCAGUACGGAAAAAAACACUCCAAGGAAGCCCUAUUCUACAAUCACUGCCUGCCUCUGCCGGGCUUCCUGCUUCUCUCCACAGACAUCUACAACCACGGUGUCUACUUCAGUCAGAGCACUCCUACAGUUGUUCCUGUGGUUGGACUGACUAUGCCGAUAAUGUGGCUCUACCUGCUGAUCAACGUCAUCACACAAUAUGUUUGCAUCCGCGGUGUGUUCAUUCUGACCACCGAGUGCGCCUCGCUGACCGUCACCCUGGUGGUGACCCUGAGAAAGUUCCUCAGCCUCAUCAUCUCCAUCAUGUACUUCCAAAACCCCUUCACUGUGUGGCACUGGGUGGGCACGGCGGUGGUCUUCCUGGGCACGCUGCUGUACACGGAGGUGUGGAGCAGCGUACGGGCCGCACUGCGUGAACCUGAUGUCGAGGAGAAGAAGGCAGAGUGAAGAGGAAGAAGAAGAAGAAGAAGAAGGGACUGGUGGUCGAUUAAAAAAACAGCCACUGUGUUGGACUUAGAGAUUGUUUUUGGUCGACUAUCCUGCAGCGAUUUUAUACCGUUAUGUAAUUUUGUUUAGGCCGUAGUAAAUUCUUCUCAGACACCCAUCCGUGUACAGGAUGAGGCUGGUGAUAUUUUACAUUUUCAUUUCAGUCUGUAUCUAAAACAGCAGAAAGACACAGUUAGCGACUAGCUAGUGAACACAGUUCAUAGACAUUUACCUCGGGAAUUGGUAGAGACAACAACAGAGCUAAAAGAGGGUGAAUAUUGGAUUAAAAGGCACUAUAUUCGAUAUCCAGAGCACUAAUAUAGCAGCAAACAACUAUUUGCUAUGUAAAGCUAUAGGGGAGUAAUGUCUACCUGAGCAGAGAAUGAAGUCACUCUCCCUCUGUGUGUGUUGUAAUCCGAGUUUCUCUGUGCCAAACUGGCUACUGUAGCUACAAUGCUCACGUUCAUUGAGGGAACAUGUCAUGUGGCUCAUUAAUGUGUUUUAAUGGCACAGAUGAAUAAGUUAUAUCAGGCUUUGGCUGCUUGUCUUUUAAUUAUAAUAGAAUAUAGAGUAUCACCAACCCAAUCCUUUAACGUUCGUACCUCAUUAGCUUUCACAGUUGCAAAAUCUGUUUAAAAACUUUUUUUUUAUCUGUAAUAUGAUUUUAAUAUUUAUUUUCUAAUGGUGAUAGAUAAUUUACUCCAUAUUUGCACUGAUAUCAUUCAUCAAUAGGAUUACAGUGAGCAUUUCUAUACAGUAUUAAUGUUUAAGGAGGUAAGUGUAGGUGCUGUAAUGUGUCAAACUGUCUCAGGUGUAUUGGUCUGCUAUUUGUCAACAGGAAACUUCUCAAUAAACAAUAAAUCUUUACACUC